GCAGCUAGUUUUUUUUUCUCCUUUACCGGAAGCCGUGCAAGUAGACACAGCGUAUUUUAUCUUUUAAUAACUGCAGACGCAGAGCAAAACUGAGAAACUGACUCGAAGCGUCUGAUAACAAGGUCAACUUUAUUAAUCUUUAUCAGAUCAUCUUUUGUGAUGAUCCAUCACCGACACUGCGCCAAUUGCUCAAAACAAGACAAAGCCAGGUACAACGCCCAGAAUAUACAAGUUUGCAGACUUAAAGUCGAUAGCGCGUUAAUCAACAGAUCACAAAUCGAGCGCGGCAUCAAUAUUAAACAUCGCACAGAAGCGUCAAUGUUUAUGCGAUUGCUCUAGAUUUUUUACCAAAGACGACUCAAUGUAUGGCGAAGUUUAAAAUUGAUAACGCCCUGUGUUUAUGAUGUGUUGAUUAACGCACGAGCGACCUUAAAUGAAAUAACCUAAAGUGAUUAAAAAGCUGAUUGCAUACGGGAAGAAUAAAAGCAAAUUAUUAGAUCAUCAACAGAAAAAUCGAUCUUAUAUACACAAUAUAAGAUUCGUCGGAUUUGGCUCUCAAAAGCAUAUUAACAGGUUAUUAACUAGUUUAUAUGCUUCGUUUACUUAAAUGUGGUAAUUGAAGACGGCCGUGAUGCUUAAAGCCAGAAGACUAGCCUUCUUUCUCAACAAGCAGCCGACCUUUUGAAAGUAAACGUCUUGUACAAUACUAGAAAGCCGUGUGCUUGUGAAAUAUGGCCAACAACUCCACUUCCAUAACAGACAACGCAGUUUUUUCAAUGAUCCAGCUAAGCGAGGCAGUCGUUAUCGUCGUCAUGAACGCACUGGGAUUUUCUGUUUUCCUAAGCAAGACAUUUCGCUUUAAGAAAUCCACGUACUUUCUUGUCAAUCUUACAGUUGCUGAUUUUAUGGUUGGGGUUACACUAAUCGUACUCGCGGCUUUUCCUCUAGUGGGUCUGAGGCGGAAUGAAUUCUACUCUAUUUGUGUCAAGAUUAACUUCGUAUCGGUUGGUGCCUCUGUAUGGUCGUUCACGGCUAUUGCCAUAGAGAGAACCUCUGCUAUUCUGGCACCGUUUAAACACCGUCUCCUUGGAAACAAGCCCUACGUAUUUGGAAUUAGCCUGAUCUGGGUCAUUGCCAUCUUAAAUGAUCUUCCUACCAUAACUGAAAUACCAUCGGACAUCUUUUUGACAAUCAAGAAUGCUUCAGGACUAGCAGUUCCAAUUUUCAUUGUAUUCUGCUAUUUGGCUAUCUGGGUCAGGGUCAAGUUUGCCAAGUCCAUAGCCAACGCCCGACAACAUUCGGACAACAAAAAGCUGACAAUGACUCUAUUUUUGGUCACCCUAGCAUCUUUUCUUUGCUACUUUCCAUUAGCUGUCGCAAGCAUCUAUAACACUUGGGUGGAACCAGUUAAUGGCGGUAUUUUUAACGGUUUUAUGUUACUUAUAUAUAUGAAUUCGUUAAUCAAUUUUUUGUUAUAUUCCUUCCGAAUGCCGGAGUUCAGGAAAGAGCUAGUUAAAGUCUUGAGGAAAUGUUUGGUACGGAGGAUACCUACUUCAGAAGAUUUCCCCAUAUUUCGUUCCUGCCCUCAGAGAGCAAGGGGAGUCCACUCAGCAUGGAGAGGCCGCUAAGCAAGGAAAAUCCGUCCCUUAUAAUGAUGAAUACGUUUUCCUCUCUGUCUUUGUAAUAGAGGUACGGAGAGUCGAGAGUCACAGAAGGGGAGGGGGGUGU